AUGCUUCAAAGGACCAGAGAAAAGGAAAUGAGCAAAUUAAUUCGUGUUGCUUUCCUUGUUAUUCCUACUGGCACAUUUUUCGGAUAUGAUCGAUGUCAGGUAAUUGGUAUUAGUAUUGAAAAGGAUGCACCAGUUACCGCAUUAGAAUCUCAAAUCCAAAAAUAUCACUUGGAUGAAAAAUUCAGAAAUGCUUCUUUUUCUCUACGCGCAAUCGAUUAUGAGGCAAAAACAUACAGGGAUAUGAAAUCAGAGGAUAAGGUUAGCGAUUAUUUUGCUAAAGAUCCUUCUAUGUUUGAUAAGCAUAUUCACAUUCUUGUGGUAUCUGCCGUGAACGAGGAAAAUAAGGCAUAG